ACCUAUCCCUUCCUCGCCAGAUCCCACUCUUCCUGCUCUCCUCGGUCCGCUCCGUCUCCACCCGAUUCUGGGAUUUCGCCUCCGCGUCGAAGGAUUUGAUCGCGAGCGGAUGGAGGAAUUUGGUCGGUUUUACGUUUGAUUUUGGGAAUUUUUGAGGGGUUUGGGUUGGAGGUGGGAUUUGAAUCGUUUGAUUCAUUCAAAAGAUCGUGUUUUUCGGGGUCUUUGUUCUGGGAUUUUUUGAGGGAAAGGUGGGGUUUUUGUGGGUGUUCUUGGUCUGUUUCGGUGCCUUCUUCCAUGGCGACGGCGUCGUCGUACUGGUGCUACCGGUGUAGCCGCUCCGUCCGGGUGUGGCCUCAGGACGCCAUCGUCUGCCCCGACUGCGACGGUGGCUUUCUUGAGGAGAUCAGCAGUCCUCCUCCCCGCCCCCACCCGGCCGCCGAGCCCCGACGCCGCCGGGUGCCCUCCACCGACGCUCACACGCUCGGCAGCGGCUGGUCCGCCGCGGCCGCCCGCACCCGCCAGUCAUCCGAACUCAGGUUUGGCCGCAACCGCCGGUCCCCCUCCGGCGACCGCUCUCCCUUUAAUCCGGUCAUCGUCCUCCGCGGCCAGCCCGACGGUGGCGCCCGUGAGGCGGAUCGAGCCACCACCAACAGCUUCGAGCUUUUCUACGACGACGGCACCGGAUCCGGCCUCCGCCCCUUGCCUGAAAGCAUCUCGGAUUUCCUAAUGGGCUCAGGCUUCGACCGCCUACUCGAGCAGCUCGCCCAGAUCGAGCUCAACGGCAUCGGUCAGGGAAGGGGGUGCGAGCAUCCGCCCGCGUCGAAGGCAUCCGUCGAGUCAAUGCCCACCAUAGAGAUCGUCGACGACCACAUAAGGAAAGAUUGCCAUUGCGCCAUCUGCAUGGAUCCAUUCGAACUUGGGAUCGAGGCCCGGGAGAUGCCUUGCAAGCACAUCUAUCAUCAAGACUGCAUCUUGCCGUGGCUUUCGCUCCGGAAUUCAUGUCCUGUUUGCCGCCACGAGAUGCCAACCGAUGUGCAAGGACGGGGUGUGGCGGUGGCAGAAGGCGAAGAGCAGGCUGCUGCCGCCAGGAACGAGGAGGAGGCGGUGGGGUUGACGAUAUGGAGGCUUCCGGGUGGAGGUUUUGCAGUGGGGAGGUUCUCAGGGGGGAGAAGAGCAGGGGAACGAGAGUUUCCAGUGGUUUACACCGAGAUGGACGGUGGAUUCAACAACCGUGGAGCACCAAGAAGGAUCUCGUGGACCUCAACAGGCAGUGGUAGGAGGAGGGAGAGCGGAGGAAUUGGUCAAACCAUUCGCAAUUUCUUCUCAUUAUUCAGGCUGUCACGGUCGGCUUCCUCUUCCUCACAGCCGAGCUCAGAUUCUCAUCCUGCAUUUUCUCACAGGGAUGAAAGAGGUUCAUUUUUCAGAAGGCGUUCGCAAAGUCGAGGCAGCAAUUGGGAUGGAAAUGCCAAUGUGAUUUCUCGAUGACGGUGAGAAGAAGUAUGAUACAAGACAUGAUUAUUGCAGGAUUAGCAUCCAUUAUAUUACAGAUAAGUGGCAGUUCUUUUGGCAGGAACAGUUGACCAUGAAAAAUCACCUGUUGGCAGCAUAAGAGAACAAGUUUAGUGACAUGGAGAGAUUUGAGCUGCAGAAUCAACACCAACAGUGAUGGAAGAUACCAUGGGGAUCUUCUUCACAUAUGAUUGAAGCUGGUCCAAGAAUGUCAUUCCAGUGUGAAGGCUUAAACAAAAUAUGUGAUCUUGGGAAAUCUGGUUUGUUAAACAAGCUAGUCCAAGUCAAUACUUUGUGGUCAGCAGAACAUGAGAACCUGUUAUCCCACCAGUUAAUGGAAUUAAAGGAAGAUGCACCUGGUCAUUUUGUUGCCAA